CCUGUCCAAGUAAAGGCCAGCUCAGUCACAACAACCUCCGUGCAUGCGUCGCCGCCACGCGUCACACCAGCCACACACAUCCUACCACCCACCCAAUGACCCAGCAACCUACCGCGAUUUGCUCCUUUUCGAGGAGAGACUGAAGACCAAUGCUGCCUCUCUGCAACGUAGAAAGUCCCGCUAUCAGCUAUUCCUUGUUAACCUUAUUUUUGCCAUUGUCUUCCUCCUGUCUGAAGUCUUGCUGCAGACAGCGUUUCUAGACAUACCGUAUACUUAUGCCCUUCGGAGUGCCUUCCCGGACGUGCAUAGGAAAGAUCAGUCUGUCAAGCUCCAUCCCUACAUCCCUUCUGGCCUUUUGUUUGUCGCUGUCACUGCCCUGUUCCUCUUCUUUGCAAGUGGGAUGUACGCUGAGAAGAUUGCUUAUGCUAACCGCUAUGUCCCCCAUGCGAACAAGGCACUCCGCUCGUUUAAUAUGUAUCUCAAUGUCCGCAAGCCGCCAUUGCGGUCCAAGUUUCCUCUUAACCCUAUGUCCUUUUUCUACCCGCGUCCCCACACCCCCCCUGAAUCUAGCAAUAUGUCCCCUUCCAAAACGACAAUAUACGACCGGAGUACAUCAGUUCCCAUUUCUCCGAUUCCUCCUGCGAGCAAUCCCCGUGGUGAACUAAUUUUUUCAUCUCGCGUGGAUCGGUCGUUUCGCGAAUCAUACGAGCGAUAUCGCGCGGCGUUUGAGAGGAAGCGACAAGACAGGGAGAAAUCUGCUGCUCUGGAAACAUGGUGGGGUUGGCUGUACUUCCAGAUGCCUUGGAACAGGCAGACCCCGGCGGAAGUAGUAACACAAGUUCGGAAAACUUCUUCGAACAGAGGGAGGGGAAACGCGAUUUCAACGCCUUCGUCGUCUAGGCGGUCGAGCCGCAGUCGAACCGCCCCUUCUGUACAACUUUCUGCUCAUGACUUUAUAUCGUGCGUUCCGCAAUCACAGUACUUGCGGUAACGUAAUGGUAUGAAUUGAAUAGAAGUCGAACUUAGGUUUUCGAAUUUGAUAUGCCCAUCGCCGCCAUUCUCAUGGAUUCACUAUGGCCUGAAGUCCUGUAGAUGACAUUUACAGUAGGCCAUAGCUAUCACGUCGGCGACGUCCUGCACGCACCGACUCGAUGCAGCAAGAACUUGG